AUGGCUUCGCAAGCGACUGCUAGACAGUCUCAGACAAUGCGCGCCGUUGUGUGCGACAAGACCGGUCCCGUCAAUGUCCUUCAUCUUCGAGAUAUACCCAUCCCCAGCCCAGGAGAGGGUCAGGUCCUUCUCCAGGUCCUGGGGUUUGGCAUAAACCGUGCCGAGAUGUACACUCGUCAGGGUCAUUCUCCAGGUGUGACGUUUCCCCGGAUCCUGGGCAUCGAGUGCAUCGGCACGGUUGUCGCCUAUCACGAUACGGCUUCCCAGAGAACCAUCAAAUAUCCACUCGGGACUCGGGUCGCUACAUGUAUGGGUGGUCUCGGCCGUCAGAUCCCCGGCUCCUACGCCCAAUAUACCUGCGUGGCAGAAGCAAAUAUGCGACCGAUCCCGCCCACCAACCUUCCCAUCAGCGUUCUCGCGGCCCUGCCAGAGAUGCUCCAGACGACCUGGGGCUCGCUGGUACAGGGUCUGGACCUCAAGGCCGGCCAGAGUCUGCUGAUCCGGGGCGCCACCAGCUCCAUCGGUCUCUGCGCCAUUCAACUGGCCCGGCGGCUGGGCGCAUCCCGCAUCGCGGCGACCACGCGUUCCCUUGACCGCGAGCAGAUGCUGCGCGAUGCCGGCGCCGACGAGGUUCUCAUUGAUGACGGCAAGAUUGCGGACCAGAUCCUUAUGAGUUCUGGUAGCAAGGGGCCCUUUAACGUCGUGCUCGAACUUGUCGGUGCCACCACCGUGCGGGAUUCCCUUAAAUGCGUAGUUCCCAAGGGAACUGUCUGUGUGUCUGGAAUGCAGAGCGGCGAGUGGAUAGUCGAUGACCUGGACCUGUUCAUGGACCUUCCCAACCGUGCCAGGUUGUGCGUAUAUGGUGGCGGUCCCGAGGAUUUCAUGAUGAUGCCUUUCGAGGCGCUAAUUAGAGAUGUUGAAGCGGGUCGGGUGAAGAUCCCAGUGAAAACAUUCCAGCUAGAUGAGAUCCAGAAAGUUCACGAGAUUCUGGAAGCUGGGGGUGGAGGUGCAAAGAUGGCUGUUGUCGUAGAUGAAGCAUAA